UAUGUCACUUCUGCAAACGGUUCUCGUAUUUCAGGGAAAUCUUAAAUUUUUAAACGCUUUAGCUGAGACAAAUGUGGCCUGUCGCGCGGGAAUAGGCCAAAACGAUUUUACAGUUAACAGGAAUUGUGGAUGGUUUAUUUCCACACACCUCGUAUGCGCGAGCUAGCUGCUUGGUAAGGAUGCGGGUAUUGUGUAGCAGGUUUCAUUCAUUUUGGCUAACGCUAGCUUUGUAGUGGCGGUCGACGCUCACCCGAGCAGGUUUUGGUCUAUUUGCUAACGUUAAGCAACGUUGCAUGUCGUGGCUGCACCUGCGUUACAUAGUCCAGGUACAGUGUGACUUUGAGUUUCUGUUGAACUGAGAGAAAAAAAGCAUCGUGUGUCGGUCACGGAGCCGCUGGACCGUCAGCUAACGUUAGUCUACAAAGUGAAUUGGGUUAGCAAGGUAACGUUAACUUUUACUAUUAUGGAUUACGAACAUAAAGCGAAGGCGGUGGCUGACUGCUUGCUGGGCUACAAGAGGGAUGAGUCCGGGUGGAAAGUCUGCAAGAAAUCGAAUGACGUGAUUGUGUCUUGGCGUCCCUCGUCUGAGUUCCCUGGGAAUGUUUAUAAGGGGGACGGGGUUGUGAGCGGCAGCCCGGAGAAAGUGUGGGAGUGUCUGAAACCAGUACCCAACGGGCUCAGAGUCAAGUGGGACAACAAUGUCAAAAAGUUUGAGCUUUUGGAACAAAUCACAGAGGACAUCUCUAUCUGCCGAACAGUCACUCCCUCAGCAGCUAUGGGUAUCAUAGCUCCACGAGACUUUGUAGAUGUUAUUUUAGUUAAACAAUACGAAGAUGGCACCAUUUCAUCAAAUGCCACCAAUGUGAGUCACCUGGGCUGUCCUCCCCAGUCUGGCUACGUGAGAGGAUUCAACCAUCCGUGUGGUUGCAUAUGUGUUCCCAUCUCAGGAGAGCCCAACAAAACCCAGGUGUUCAGUUUCUUCCAGACAGACCUAGGUGGCUUACUCCCUCGCUCCGUGGUCGACUCGUUCUUCCCCUCCAGCAUGGCUGAGUUCUACAGCAACCUGGCCAAGGCCGUCAAAUCCCUCAAGGACCUUUGACAGCAAAAGAUCUGCCUUCAAACCUGAGGUCUACUGACUGGUCAGGCCAAAUGCUCAUUCCAUUUUAAACAGUCCAAACCCAGCAACAAUCAAACGGCCCCAUAUUUAAAAUGGAUCUAAUCCACCAUUUAUUUUUAAUGUGCAUUCCUUUAUUCCUGUGUUACUGCAGGAGGAAUCAGUAAAUCCAUGAUUUGAAAGCAGCUGACAUAUUGAAAAGUCCCCAAAUAAGAACAUGGGCUUACAUCUGACAAAACUUGUAUCUUAAACUCCAUUUUGUUUUCCUAUUUCAUUUACAUAGCGCCAAUUCACAACAGAAGUUAUCUCAUUGCACUUUUCAUAGAGCAAGUCUAGACCAUAUUCUUCUUUUUAAUAUGCCAGUCUCUUUAAACCCCCAUCUGUGGGACAUUUGUUUCCUCCAAUCUUUAGGAUGAAAAUACAAAUCUAUAUUUGUACGUGUGCAGUACAGAAUAUCUUUUAAUGUAAUUGCAUACUUCAGUGUGUACAGUAAACAUGCAUGUUGCAUGGACCUUAUUUACCCUAUGCUGGAAUACUGACUCAUACCUCAUA